UUUGAGCAAGUAAAUUAAGUUUCGAAAAGUAGCAGAAAUAAAAAUGAGUGCAAUAAAUCUAUUUAUAAUGGCUUCAAUGCCAAUAGUGAAGGUACUUUUGCUCGCUGCCACUGGUACCUUUCUUGCUUUAGACAGUGUUGAUAUCUUGGGUGAGAAUGCUCGCCACCAUUUAAACAAAGUUGUGUUUUACGUAUUCAGUCCAGCGCUUGUUGCUAGCAACUUGGCUAAGGCACUUACCUUUGAAACAUUUCUUACAUUAUGGUUUAUGCCAAUAAACAUCUUCACUACGUUUCUAAUUGGGUCAAUACUUGGGUGGAUACUUGUCAAAGUUACAAAACCUCCAAGGCAUCUCAAGGGUCUUAUAAUAGGAGCAUGUUCAUCAGGUAACUUGGGGAAACUACCCAUUAUCAUCGUCCCAGCAAUGUGUAUAGAAAAAGGCAGCCCCUUUGGAGAUGUUGAUACUUGCCACUCAUAUGCUUUGGCUUACGCUUCACUUUCCAUGGCGCUGAGUUCAAUGUUUUUGUGGUCAUAUACUUACAACAUCAUCCGGAUAUUUUCAAAGGAGAAUGUACAAGUAGAAGCCAAAUGCUCUCAAGUUAUUAUUGAUGAGACAUUAUUUGUGAACAAUACAGAAUUCCUACUUACUUCUGUUGAUUAUUCUCUAAUGAACCCUGACAACCAGAUUUCAAUGUCAUCAAAGUUUAAAGAAUUGGUAAUUACAUUCUCAAAAAAGAUCAACCUGAAGCCACUAUUGGCACCAUCAACUAUUGGCGUGACUGAUGCUCCUCUCCACGUCGUUGAAGAUUCAGCUUAUAUGUUAGGGGGUGCAGCCAUCCCAACCAUCACGUUAAUACUCGGAGCUAAUCUUCUUCUAGGUUUAAAGGGAUCACAAAUUCAGUUUAGAAUUGUGGUUGGCAUAGCAGUGAUUCGUUACAUGUUGCUUCCAUUAGUCGGCAUUGUUAUAAUAAAGGGAGCCAUUCGUGUUGGUAUUCUACAAUUCAAUCCCUUAUUUCAAUUUGUUCUACUGCUUCAAUAUGCAGUUCCUCCUGCAAUGAACAUAAGUACAAUAACACAACUGUUUGGAAGUGGUCAAAGUGAAUAUUCGGUAAUAUUGUUGUGGACGUAUGGUCUAGCAGCGGUUUCACUCACUCUUUGGUCCACUAUCUUUUUGUGGCUCGUCUCUUCUUAAUUCUUACUCUUCCUUCCUAUUUUUGUGGCAGUCUCAACUUUUUUUUUUGUUUUUUUUUUUCUGGUUCUACUACGAGGAGUUCUCACCGCCUUUGGCGAGUGGACUAAUCUCUCGCGGGAGUUUGUAUGGGUACCUCGAUGGGCAGUAUCCCUCCCAGUUGAGAUUUUUUCCAUUCCCAAGGCUCGAAUCCGAGACCUUGGUUAAGGAGCAAGAGGCCCUUAACCACUCAUGCCAACCUCAAUUGGUUCAACUUUAUUUUUGUUCAAUGCUAUAUAUAAUAUAUGUUCCCAUCAUAUGUAUAUAGUCAUAUACGGAAUACGGUACAUGUACAACUCAUAUAAGUAUACGCCGUUCUACGAGUAUAACUUUUGUUUGACUACAUAGCCAUUUACAGUGUGGUCAUAUGAUAUAUCCAUAUAAAAAUUAAAACGAUAUUUACUAUGAUUAUUA